CGGCGGGGCGCCCCGGGGUUACCGAAGCAGCCGGAGCGCAGCCUGGCCUCGGCGCUGCCCGGGGCUCUGUCCAUCACCGCGCUCUGCACCGCGCUGGCCGAGCCCGCCUGGCUGCGCAUCCACGGUGGAACCUGCGGCCGCCAGGAGCUCGGAGUGGCCGAUGUGCUGGGCUUCGUGAGCCCCGAGCUGCUGCGGGGUGAUCCUGCAGUGCGCCACGGUGAUCGGACAGUUUUCUCCCUUUUUCUCCAUUUCCCAGUCCUGCAGUGCGCCACGGUGAUCGGGUUCUGUUACUGGGCCUCGGAGCUGCUCCUGGCGCAGCAGCAGCAGCACAAGAAGUACCACGGCUCGCAGGUGUUGGUCACCUUCGCCGUCAGCUUCUACCUGGUGGCCGGGGCGGGGGGCGCGUCCAUCCUGGCCACCGCCGCCAACCUGCUGCGCCACUACCCCAGCGAGGAGGAGGAGCAGGCGCUCGAGCUGCUGCACGAGAUGGACGAGGCGGCCGAGCCCUACGGCGGCCCCGGAGACUACGAGGUCAUCCACCAGUUCCAGCCGCCGCCCGC